GUCCAAAACAGAAGAAUGCCAAUAUUUUUGAGAAAUUGCAGUUUGAAGAGGAGCAGCUGUGAAAUUCACCCACAUCUGGUUGACCAGGUGAGAUACCCCAGGACGAUGCUCAUCACCUGGAUGUGGCUGCCUCUUCUGGGGCUCCUGGCCGGCCACGGGGAGGCUCAGCGCUGCAAACCGGAAAUGAGAGCUACAAACGUGGCCAGAGGGCGUCCAGCCUUCCAAUCGUCCACCUAUGUGAGCGCGUUCAAUUCAGUAGCCAGUAAAGCCGUGGAUGGGAACUGCAGCGGACGCUGGGUUGGGCAGAACAGCUGCACUCACACGCAGCGAGAAAUGGGGCCCUGGUGGUACGUGGACCUGGGUAGCCGCUAUGCCGUUUCUUCCGUGGUGGUGAAAAGCCGUGAGGACUGCUGCGGAGAAAGGCUCCGGGGAGCAGAGAUCCGUGUGGGAAACUUUGUGACCAACCAUGGAAAAUCCAAUCCUCUCUGUGGGACCAUCACCAAUACCCGCCUGGGCGCCAUCAGCACCAUCUCCUGCAACGGUAAAGUGGGACGCUACGUCACCGUCACCGUUCCUCGCAUGGUGUCCCUGGCCCUGUGCGAGGUGGAGGUCUACGGGACCAGGUGAAGCCAGGACCCAGGCGCCUCGGGACAUAACUCAAUCGAACUUGAUUCUCUUGAAUAAACUUCCUUUGAGCAC